AUGAUAAACUCUUCAUAUGUUUCAUAUUUCACUUUUGGUGCAUACUUUGAUAUUGGGCUCUUUAAAUACUUACUCUUUCUGAUCAUUAUGUGUUUUUAUGCUUUAAUAGUUUGUGCUAAUCUGUUGCUGAUUGUGGUUAUCUGUAUGAACAGGAGCUUACAUGAACCUAUGUACCUUUUUCUGUGCAGCCUGUUUUUAACUGAACUGUUUGGUAGUACAGGGUUGUUUCCAUUCCUUCUGGUUCAGAUCCUCUCUGACAUUCACACUGUUUCUGCUCCAUUCUGUUUCCUGCAGAUUUAUUGUUUGAAUGUAUAUGCAACUAUACAAUUUCAGAAUUUAGCCAUUCUGUCUUAUGACAGAUAUCUUGCUAUCUGUUAUCCUCUGCAAUAUAACACACGUAUGACAUCUAACAAGGUUGCCAUGCUUAUUGCUCUAGCAUGGAUAUACUCAUUUGUUGGAGUUGCUGUCUUGAUAUCUUUAAGUGCUUCUUUACAGCUGUGUGGGACCAUCAUUAACAAAGUUUACUGUAACAACUAUAUUGUUGUCAAACUGGCCUGCUCUGACACCAGAGUCAAUAACAUUUAUGGACUCAUUAACACUUGUGUUGUAAUCUUUGGUCCUCUUAUUUUAAUCAUUUACACGUACAUCAAGAUCUUUAAAGUGUGUUUUUCUGGUUCUAAACAGACCAGACAGAAAGCUGUCAGUACCUGCACACCUCACCUCGCUUCUCUACUCAACUUUUCUUUUGGUUCUUUCUUUGAAAUAUUACAGAGCAGGUUUGAUAUGAGAAGUGUACCCAUGAUGUUGCAGAUUUUUUUGUCAUUAUACUUUCUGACCUGCCAACCAAUCUUCAACCCUUUAAUAUAUGGCCUGCAAUUUUCUAAAAUACGUAGUUUAUGUAAAAGUCUUAUCUUUGCUGGACCUGUCACAGGUACAAUGUCGGACUCAAAUGCUCGACUCAACUCGGAGUAUAAGGCGGCCGAACAGGACAUCGAAGGCAAAACCCCUCAGGCAGCCGAACAGGAUGACGAGGAUUCUCAGGUGGCCGGCAGCGAAGGUGAAACCCCUCUGGUGGCCGAACAGGUCAGUGAAUGCGGAUCCCCUCUGGAGACCGAGCAGGAUGAUGAAAACCCUCUGGAGGCCGUCGGUGAUGAAGGCGAUACCUCUCAGGUGGCCGAGCACGAAGGCAGAAUCCCUCUGGCGACCUACGGUGAAGGUUCUCUGGAGGCCGGCGAUGAGGACGGAACCCCUCUGCUGUCCGCCGGCCAAGGCAGAAUACCUCAGGCGGCCGAGCACGAAGGCAGAAUCCCUCUGGCGACCGUCGGUGAAGGCGAUACCCCUCUGGCGGCCGGCGGCAAAGGCAAAACCCCUCUGAAGCCCGGCGGCGAAGGUGGAAUCCCUCUGGAGGCAGGUGACCGGUCAGCUUGGCUGAAGACAGGCGACGGGUCAGCUGGGCCAGGGUCCGCCAACAUGGCAACUGGAACAGGAGUUGACGGGUCCGCCAACAAGGUAACAGGAACAGGAAACAAGGCAACAGCAUCAGAAGUUGACCUGGCCACCGACAAAACACGUGGAGCAGGAGUUGCCCGGACUGCCGACAAAACACGGGAGCAGGUGUCAGCCGGACCACCAAUAAAACACCGGGGACAGGAGUCUCUGGGAAGCCGGGCACAGGCAAAGUCUCUGGGACGCCGGGGAACGGCAAAGUCUCUGGGACGCCGGGGAACGGCAAAGUCUCUGGGACGCCGGGGAACGGCAAAGUCUCUGGGACGCCAGGGAACGGCACACCACAGGCUUGUGACUACUCCACUCUCACGCUGGCUGCUUUGGCCUCCUCAGUCUUUCUAG